AUGACUUCUCCUUCCAUACCCUACUAUCUGACGUCAUCUCACAAGAAAAACUUUCCGUAUGAGUGCAGUCUCCAUGACGGCGGGUUCACGGACCCGACAGAGGACGGCGAGCCGGCCAACCCCUACUGGUACAGCUGGAUGGCCAAGGUGGGCACCUACGUCGUCGACCCCGAGUGGCAGUACGCCGACAUCGAGGUCCCGACGAUGGACAACGUGCGCAGCGCGGCCAUCCUGGGCUACAAGAUCGUGAACUACAACCACGUGAUCUGUGGCCCCACCGGCACCGGCAAGACCGUCACCAUCCACGCCAAGCUGUCGCGCGGCCUGCACAGGAAGUUCAUCUGCGAGUUCCUCGUCUUCUCCGCCAGGACCUCCGCCAACCAGACGCAGGACGUGAUAGACGGCAAGCUAGAGCGUCGCCGCCGCGGCGUGUUCGGUCCGCCGCCCACCAAGCGGCAGGUGUUCUUCAUCGACGACCUCAACAUGCCCGCCCUAGAGGUGUUCGGGGCGCAGCCACCCAUCGAGCUGCUCAGGCAGUUCAUGGACUUCGGAGGGUGGUACGACCGGCACAACAUCGGCGAGUUCAAGACGCUGGUGGACGUGGGCAUCGUGGCGGCGAUGGGUCCGCCCGGCGGCGGCCGCAACCCCGUCACCAUGCGACUCAUGAGGCACUUUCACUAUAUCUCCUUCACUGAGAUGGAGUACUCCAGCAAGUAUGGGAUAUUCGAGGUGAUCCUCAAAUCUUGGACGAAGAACAUGGACCCUAAAGUAACCAUCCGGGAGCCGCCCUUCCUCAAGAGCUCCAUCGAUAUCUUCACCUCUUUAGUGGACGAGCUGCUUCCCACGCCCACCAAGUCGCACUACACCUUCAACCCGGACCUCAGCAAGGUGUUCCAAGUCCUCAUGAUGGACCCUAAGAUUGUGAAGCAUGAGGACGACGUGAUCCUGUGGUACCACGAGCACCUGCGCGUGUCAGACAGGCUGGUCAACGACGAGGAUCGCCAGUGGUUCGUCAAACUCAUAAACAGUAAGAUUCGCUCGGAGUUUGGUAAAAACCCUAAAGAUAUCCUCGCGAACCGGCUGAUGCUGUUCGGGGACUUCAUGGACCUCGGGACGGAUGAUAAGAAGUACGUCGAGAUUGUCGACCAGGAAGAGCUGGACGAGGUCCUGUCGCACUACCUGGAGGAGUACAACAUGGCGACGACGGCGCCGCUGGACCUGGUGCUGUUCGAGGACGCGGUGGCGCACCUGUGUCGCGUGGCGCGCAUCAUGCGCCAGCCCAUGGCCAACGCGCUGCUGCUGGGCAUGGGCGGAUCUGGUACCCUCACUCGCCAGUCCCUGUCCCGGCUGGCCGCCAACAUGGCCGAGCUGGCCUGCUUCCAGAUCGAGAUCACGAAGGCGUACGGCGUGUCGGAGUGGCGCGAGGACCUGCGCCAGACCAUGAUGAAGGCGGGCGUGGAGAACCGCGGCAUCGUGUUCCUGUUCUCUGAUGCACAUACCUCUAAUAAAUUUCAGAUAAAAAUGGAAUCAUUCCUCGAAGACCUGAACAACAUCUUAAGUUCUGGCGACGUACCCAACAUAUAUGAAGUGGAGGACUUGGACAAGAUCUACCAGGCGGUGCGUCACGCCGUCAUGGAGAUGAACCUGACUGCCACCAAGGCGAACCUGUUCGCCUGCUUCCAGAGGAGGGUGCGCAGCAACCUUCACAUCGUCAUCGUCAUGAGCCCUAUUGGAGAGGUGUUCCGCGCCCGGCUGCGGCAGUUCCCGUCGCUGGUGAACUGCUGCACCAUCGACUGGUUCAGCGAGUGGCCCAAGACCGCGCUGGAGUCCGUCGCCUACCACUUCUUCGAGAGCAUGGGCGAGCUCACCUCCGCCUCCGAGGACGUCUUGCAUGCUAUGGUGUCGAUGACUUGCUUCGCGCACCAGACGGUGGUGGACGCGAGCGCGCACUUCAAGGAGCAGCUGAACCGCAUCAACUACGUGACGCCCAUGUCCUACAUGGAGAUGCUGGGCGCUUACGCCGAGAUGUUCAAGAAGAAGCAGAAGGCCAUCCUCACUGAGUCCAACGCGUUGAAGACUGGUCUGGACAAGCUGAACCAGACGGUGGAGGUGAAGCAGCUGCAGAUCGAGCUGGCCGAGCUCAAGCCGCUCAUGGAGCAGGCGGCCGAGGAGACCCGCCAGGUCAUCCAGCAGAUAGCCACCGACACCGCUAUAGCUGAGGAGGCUCGUGAGAAGGUGGAGAAGGAGACGGUGAUGGCGGAGAAGAUGGCCGCCAUCAACGCAGCCAUGACGGAAGACGCGCAGCGGGACUUAGAGGAGGCCAUGCCAGCCCUCCGCGCGGCCGAGAAGGCGCUGCAGGAGCUGAACCGCAACGACAUCGUGGAGGUGAAGGCCAUGAAGAAACCGCCGCAGGGGGUCGUGCUCGUCAUCGAGUCGCUCUGCGUCGUCUUCGAUAUCAAACCCAUCAAGGAGCCAGGCGCGGCAUACGGCGAGAAGGUCCUGAACUACUGGAAGCCGGGCUCACAGAUGCUGGCCGACCCCACCGCCUUCCUCGACUCCCUCAUGAAGUUCGACAAGGAGUCCAUCACCGAGGACAUGAUCAAGAAGCUCAAGCGCUUCGUCGUCAACCCUGACUAUGACCCCGUCAAGAUUAUUAAGGUGUCGAAGGCGUGCCAGUCUCUAUGCAUGUGGGUGCACGCCAUGUACAAGUUCUACCACGUCAACAAGGCCGUCGCGCCCAAGAAGGAGGCGCUGGAGAGGGCCACCAGGGACCUCGCCAUCGUCGAGGCGAUGUUGGCGAACGCGAAGGCUAAGAUGAUAGCGCUGCUGGAGGGCAUCGCGAAGCUGAACGCGUACCUCGUGGAGAAGGAGGAGGAGCGGAAACGGAUGGAGGAGGACAUCAACCUUUGUCUCGCCAGGAUGGACCGCGCCAACAGAUUGUUGAACGGGCUGUCGAGCGAACGCGUCAGAUGGAUCAAAACUAUCAAAGACUUGAGCGUCGCGAUCGUCAACUUGAUUGGAGAUAUAUUGCUCAGCGCUUGUGCUGUGGGCUACAUCACACCGUUUACUGACGAGUUUAGAAGAGACCUCCUGACACACUGGAUUGAUCACUUAGUGAAAGUGAAGCUACCGCACUCGCCCGGCGCCACGCCGCUCUCCGUGUUGGGCGAUGCUGUGCAGAUCAGGACAUGGCAGAUGUACGGUCUCCCGCGCGACCCCAUGUCUGUGGAGUCCGCAGUACUGAUGUCCAACUCGCGACGCUGGCCGCUCAUCAUCGACCCGCAGACGCAGGCCAACAAGUGGAUACGGGCUAUGGGCAAAUUGGAAGGCCUAGUGGUAUGCAAGCCCAACGACCGCGACCUGCUGCGGAACUUCGAGUCUGCGCUCAGGUUCGGGAAGCCGAUACUACUGGAGAACGUCGGCCAAGAGUUGGACCCCGCCUUGGACCCAGUACUGAAGCGUCAAUACUUCCGUCAAGCGGGCCAGCUGGUGCUGAAGCUGGGCGACUCCCUGAUCCCCUUCAUGGCGGGCUUCCGACUCUACAUCACCACCAAGCUGCCCAACCCCAAGUACACGCCAGAGACCUCCGUCAAGGUCAUGGUCGUCAACUUCGCGCUGGUGCCCAGCGGGCUGGCGGAGCAGCUGCUGUCCAUCGUGGUGGCGCAGGAGCGGCCGGAGCUGGAGGAGCAGCGCGGCCAGCUCAUCGUGUCGCGCGCGCAGAUGGCGGCGCAGCUGGCCGAGAUGCAGGCCGACAUCCUGUACGGCCUGUCCAACAGCGAGGGCUCGCCCGUCGACGACCUGCCGCUCAUCCUCACGCUCGAGGCCAUCAAGAUCAAGAGCGCCGAGAUCAUCAUAAAAGUGGAGGACAUCGAACGCACUACCCUGGAGAUAGACGAGGCCCGCAGCGGCUACGUGCCGGUGGCCAACCGCGGACAGAUCCUGUUCUUCUGCCUGUCCGACAUGUCCAACGUGGACCCCAUGUACCAGUACUCGCUCGAGUGGUUUGUCAAGCUCUUCGUCAGGUCCAUGGCUGAGACCGAGCCCAAUGAGGACAUAGUGGAGCGCGUGGACGUGAUAAUAGUCCACUUCACGUUCCUGCUGUACCAGAACGUGUGCCGCAGCCUGUUCGAGCGCCACAAGCUGCUGUUCGCGUUCCUGCUGUGCGCGCGCAUCCUGCUGGACAAGGGCGUCAUCAGGAUCACCGAGUUCAAUUACUUCCUCAACGGAGCCAAACUCGAUGCGGAGAAGCCCAACCCCGAGCCCAAGUGGAUCUCCCCCCGCAUGUGGCUCGAGAUGCAGCAGCUGGCCACCGUGCCCACCAUGCACACCUUCCUCGAGGACUUCCACCACCACUCCAAAUACUUCAAGACCUUCUACGACUCUUAUACUCCGCACAAACUGCCGUACCCGAAGCCGCUGGACAGCCAGCUGGACGCAUUCCAGAAGCUGCUCGUCCUCAAGUGCGUUCGACCUGACAAGCUCAUACCUGGCUUACAGGACUACGUGGUGAUGGGUUUGGGUGCGCGCUUCGUGGAGCCGCAGCCGGCGGACCUGGCGGCGCUGUACGGGGAGUCCGACCCGCUCGCGCCCAUCAUCUUCGUGCUCUACGGGACCGACCCCGCUGCUGAUCUGUUGAAGUUCGCGGACAAGAUGAAGAUGGGCAAACGUUUCGAGAGUAUCUCCCUAGGACAGGGUCAGGGCCCGCUGGCCGAGGCCAUGAUGAGGGUCGGCUGCGACUUUGGCAACUGGGUGUUCUUCCAGAAUUGCCACCUGUCCCCGUCCUGGAUGCCGGUGCUGGAGCUGAACGUGGAACACAUAACUCCUGAGCUGGUGCACAAAGACUUCCGUCUCUGGCUCACCUCCACACCCUCGCCGCACUUCCCCGUCGCCUUACUGCAGAAUGGUUACAAGAUGACAGUGGAGCCUCCUAGAGGCAUCAAAGCGAACUUACUGAAGGCCUACAUGAACCAAGUGCCGGACUUCAUCGACUACUUUAAUUCUCAGGAUAUUAAAGUUCCUAAUUUUAAGUGGUUGUUGUUCGCGCUGUGCCUGUUCCACGGCGUGGUGUUGGAGCGGCGCAAGUUCGGCCCGCUCGGGUUCAACAUCCCCUACGAGUUCACCGACGGCGACCUUCGGAUCUGCAUCUCACAGCUGCACAUGUUCCUCAAUGAAUACACCGAUGUGCCUAUCAGGGUGAGUCCAAACUUUAUCUAAUACUAACUGUUAUCCGCGGUUUCUUUCGCGUAGAUCCCGAUCUCGUGGUUCUUAUAAGGUUUUUUCCUUAAGAAACAUCAUCAUGUUAUAUUUUAAUUUACAUGAUAAUGUGAAAAAAUAAAAAAAUAUUUUAAUUUACAUUCAAAACUAUGAUAGCAAACAAAACAUCUCAAAAGUUUGAUAGGAAUGUAGGUACAGUACAGGACAUGACAUUGGUUGCCGUUUUCGAGUUUUAGCGAGAUUAAUGAACAGCAAUUCAUUUUUAUAUGUAUACUUAUAUUAAAGAUGAAGAAAUAACAUUCACGCGUCACGUCUUUGUGUAUGUUACUUGAAUAAUUGGGAAACCCCCCGUGACACAAAGAUUAGAAAUUCUUUAGAGUUGAUGACUAUUGAAAUUCUGCUAACUCUCAGUUUCUUAAUUAUAUUUUCCUUAUAUUUUUG